UUUACAUUUGGUGAAUCUGUCUCCCCCUCCUGUCUCGUUCUCUGUUUCUUUCCUCUAUUAUUUUCCACUCAGUUUCUCGUGGUUUAAAAUGGCGGCGUUGAGCAGCGCCGAGUCCCCACCGCCCGUCUUCAACGGAGACACCAUGAACCGCGAUCCGGAGCGGGACCCGGGACUGGACGAGCUGGGCGCGGGGCUCGAAUCCGACUGUCCCGGAGGAGCGGCCAUCCCCGAAUGUCAACAGGACAUUCCCGAGGAGAUAUGGAACAUCAAACAGAUGAUUAAGUUAACCCAAGAGCACCUAGAAGCCCUUUUAGAUAAGUUUGGAGGAGAACACAAUCCGCCAUCUAUAUACUUGGAGGCCUAUGAAGAGUACACUAGUAAGCUGGAUGCAUUACAGCAGCGGGAACAGCAGCUUUUGGAGGCCAUUGGGAACGGAACAGAGUUUUGCUCCUCGCCCACACCCAUCCUGCUGGAUGUGAAGGGACCGGGCAUCCAGAGCGCCCCCGCCACCCCAAACACCUUAGCUGUCUUGCAGACCCCUACAGACGCAACACGAGGGAAUCCCCGCUCACCCCAGAAACCAAUCGUAAGGGUUUUCCUGCCCAACAAACAGAGGACAGUGGUUCCAGCUCGUUGUGGGAUGACUGUGAGAGACUCCUUAAAGAAGGCUCUGAUGAUGCGAGGCCUGAUCCCAGAAUGCUGUGCGGUUUACAGGGUUCAGGAUGGGGAGAAGAAGCCCAUUGGCUGGGACACAGACAUUUCCUGGUUGACGGGGGAGGAGCUCCAUGUUGAGGUUUUAGAGAAUGUGCCACUGACGACCCAUAAUUUUGUGCGAAAGACCUUCUUCACGCUGGCCUUCUGUGACUUUUGCCGGAAGCUGCUGUUUCAGGGCUUCCGCUGCCAGACGUGUGGCUACAAGUUCCACCAGCGCUGCAGCACAGAGGUCCCGCUCAUGUGUGUCAACUACGAUCAGCUGGAUUUACUGCUGGCAUCAAAAUUUCUAGUGCACUACCCUAUUACCCAUGAGGAGGUGUCAUCAGAGGGUACGACACCCGUGUCAGAGAUGUGCCCCUCCCUCCCUCCCUCCGAGUCCACUGGGUCUCUGUGCCAUCCUACUGUGUCCCCAUCCAAAUCCAUCCCUAUCCCACAGUCCUUUAGACCUGGAGAGGAGGACCACCGCAACCAGUUUGGCCAGAGGGAUCGCUCUUCCUCAGCCCCUAACGUCCAUAUCAACACCAUCGAGCCAGUCAACAUUGAUGAUUUGAUCCGUGAUCAAGGCUUACCGAGGUCAGAUGGAGCCCCCUCGCAACACCCAGCCCGCUGCUUGAGGAAGAACCGAACACGGACCUCAAGCCCCCUUCUGUCCUCCCACCCAAAUGACAUUGUCUUUGAUUUUGAGCCUGAGCCAGUAUACAGAGGCUCCACAACAGGCCUGUCGGCCACACCUCCUGCCUCCCUGCCUGGUUCCCUGCCCAAUGUGAAGGUGUCGAAAUCACCCUGCCAACCGAGAGAGCGGAAGCCAUCGUCUUCAUCUGAGGACCGCAAUAAAAUGAAAACCCUGGGUCGACGGGACUCAAGCGAUGAUUGGGAGAUCCCAGAAGGUCAGAUCACCCUGGGACAGCGGAUAGGAUCUGGCUCUUUUGGAACAGUCUACAAGGGGAAGUGGCACGGUGAUGUGGCGGUAAAGAUGUUGAAUGUCACAGCCCCCACUCCACAGCAGCUACAGGCCUUUAAGAAUGAAGUGGGUGUCCUCCGGAAAACCCGGCAUGUGAAUAUCCUGCUCUUCAUGGGCUACACCACCAAACCCCAGCUGGCUAUCGUUACACAGUGGUGUGAAGGCUCGAGUCUCUACCACCACCUGCACAUCAUCGAGACCAAGUUUGAGAUGAUCAAGCUGAUUGACAUUGCCCGUCAGACAGCUCAGGGCAUGGACUAUCUACACGCCAAGUCCAUAAUCCAUAGAGAUCUGAAGAGUAACAAUAUCUUUUUGCAUGAGGACCUAACAGUAAAGAUUGGUGAUUUCGGUCUGGCUACAGUGAAAUCCCGCUGGAGUGGCUCACACCAGUUUGAGCAGCUUUCUGGCUCUAUCUUGUGGAUGGCUCCAGAGGUAAUCAGACUGCAGGAUAAAAACCCAUACAGUUUCCAGUCAGAUGUCUACGCGUUUGGUAUUGUGCUCUAUGAGCUCAUGUCAGGGGCUCUACCUUAUUCUAACAUCAACAACAGAGACCAGAUUAUCUUCAUGGUUGGACGGGGUUACCUGGCUCCUGACCUGAGCAAAGUGCGCAGUAAUUGUCCCAAGGCCAUGAAGAGACUUAUGGCAGAUUGUCUGAAGAAAAAGCGAGAGGAGAGACCUCUUUUCCCUCAGAUCCUGGCCUCUAUUGAGUUAUUGGCACACUCUCUGCCCAAGAUCCACCGCAGCGCUUCUGAACCGUCCCUUAACCGCGCUGGAUUCCAGACAGAGGACUUCAGCCUGUACGCUUGCGCUUCCCCCAAGACGCCCAUUCAGGCUGGUGGCUAUGGUGAAUUCUCAGCAUUUAAAUAGUGCUGCAAAUCCUAAAACUCCAUCCCUUGUCAGUUUUUACGACGUCUUGUGUUCCUAUGGUGGGUUCAUCCAUAACAACACAGAAAAGGACUAGUUUUCAAAGAAUGUGCCGUUUUUCUUCCUCUUUACCCGAAGAGCUACGGCCUCAACGGAAUUGCUUUAAAAUAAAAUGAUCUCUGCAGGGUGUCAUUGGUGAUUUUACAAAAAUGUCAUAAACAUCACAUAGGAUAACUCGAUAAAAAACGACUGAUGUGAGAAACCAACAGCUGGACACUGGAAAGGCUAACAAACCCAAACAGAUUGUGGCAGGCGAUAAAAACCUUUCCCCAAGAAGAAAGAUAAAUGGGUUUGGGAUGAAUGAUAUUGGGAGCACAAGCCCCGCCUUUGCUCCGCCCCUGGAGGGGAAAAACACACAGCACUGGCCAGAAAACAGGGUCCAGUGGCAUGGAAUGAUGAGAAAAUUGGCACGAGAGAAUACGACAAGUCGCAGUCGUGGAAAGGUGCUGAAUGUCAGGAGAUAACUUGAAUGAUAUUUAGAAAUGUUUUUUUCUCUUGCAAUGAGUUUGUUCUGUGACGUCGCCUGUGGCUGGAGUUACUAAUAAUAUAGAUUUCUUUUGUCUUCAGCAUUUUUCCCCCCCUCAAGGGUCAUCUGUUGUAGAUAAACAUACCCUUUUUUCUGUUACAGAUAUAGAUUGUGAACAGGGGUAAAUGAAGCAACCAUAUA